CGUCUCACGUUGGAGUGGAGCUACACAUGGUUUGCAACAUGGCAAUGUUCAUGGAUUUGAACAUCAACUUUACCAAAGACAAGAAAACACUUCAAAACAUGAUUGAAACGGCUGCUCAUCUUGGAUAUUCUACAGUGGCUAUCAAUUACACUUUGGAGAGUCAACAGAAGAAACCGGAGAUCCCAAAACCAUCCAGCAUUUCUGAUCUUUUCGACAAACUGCCUAUCAUUCAGGGGAGAUCCAGACCUAUCAAGGUGUUAAGUCGUCUCACUGUGGUAGCAACAGACCCAAGCCAUUUUAGACCAACGCCAGAAUACAAAUGGUUCGACUUGGUGGCAGUUCACCCCAAGACUGAGAAGAUAUUCCAUGCUGCCUGCAUGUCCUUUGAGGUUGACAUAAUUUGUGUGACGGUGUGUGAAAAGCAGCCGUUCCACUUCAAAAGGGCGCCCGUUAAUGGUGCGAUAGACAGAGGAGUGUUCUUUGAGAUCAUCUACACGCCGGCCAUUAGAGACUCCACCAUGAGGAGGUACAGCAUCGGCAACUCACUCAGUCUUAUGGAGACAUGCAAAGGAAAGGGUGUCAUCCUGUCAAGCGGUGCAGAAAAGCCUCUGGAAUUGCGAGGACCGUACGACAUUGCCAAUUUAGGGAUCGUGUUUGGCCUGUCUGAAGGAGAUGCCAAAGCAGCCGUCUCCACAAACUGUCGCUCUGUGGUACUCAGCGGAGAGACGAGGACGACUGCUUUCGGCAUCGUACACACCAUCAAGAAGCCCCAGCCUGCUGCCCCGCAGCCUGCGGUUCACACAUUCCCGUCAGAUAAGGAAGAGGCUGGAGAGGCAGAUGACCCAGCUUCCAAGAGAGCUAAGAUGGAGCAGUAGUUACAAACAGAGAGACUAGAUAAUACUCCUAGAAUCUCUGUUACAAACACCCACACCUCCUGAGCUUUUCUGCAUUUUCCUUUCUAUUGGUUGCAAGUCAUAUUAUAGUUUUCUUCAGUCUUUGGACUCGCAAGCAUGAGCCUCAACAUCAUGGUUUAGAAAGGUUUUUUACUUCUGUUUUUUUUAAUGUAAUAAGAAGUUAUUCUUUCAUUCAUUCAUGAUCAGGAUAUUGAAUGAUGAAAGCCCCCAACAAGUUGCUCUGCACUGCUUGACAGCGGGGGACACCCUUAUUGUUUCCUUCAUGGAGGAGGGGUGACACUAAGCCAAAGGACAGAGGCCGCAGGAAAGGACGGGAGGAAGUAGGAUGACUUGUAGCCAUUAGGUCAGUCCCUCAACACUGACAGUGGGGAUAAUGUGUAUAAUAAAUAAAUAUGUUUGUUUUUCAUUUUCUUAACACUGAAGAAAAAAAAGUGUACCAUUCAUUAACAUGUUAAGUUGUUUCAGUCAGCUUGCUAGAUAUUUCUUUACAUCUUUGUACAAUAUGAGAAAAGAGCAGGAAAAUGCAAGCAAAGUAAAAUGUCAGAAAGUGGAUUCA